UAAGACCCGCCGCUUUGUCUUCUUUCUUUCCUGAUCUACUCCUCCUAAAUUCGUCACCCAACUCUCUUCACCGGGGUUCUUCACCAGAUCGAUCAGUAGUGGUUUGCAUUUUUCGCGAUUCACGUCUCUCCCUCCUUCCUUGGCAUUAAUUGCAGCAGCAGGUUGAAUAUCAAAAAAUGCCAAAAGUUAGGAGAGUGAAGUCCCCUUUGAAUGAAUGUAGGUCAUCUCCUUACCCUUGCAACUCCAAAAAUGCAGAGCAACACAGAGCCAUGAAUCAGUUGGGAUCAGCUGAGAAUGUGAAGGAAUGGGUGGAAGCUAGGUGUCCAAUCUGCAUGGAAACCCCCCAUAAUGCAGUUCUUCUGAAAUGUUCUUCUCAUGAGAUUGGCUGCCGUCCUUAUAUGUGCAAUACCAGUCACCGGCACUCCAACUGCCUUGACCAAUUUUGCAAGUCAUAUGGUCCUCAUCUCUCGUCCUCAACACUUGAAGAAAUCUCUCUUACCAGCACAGCAUCUUGUGGCAGUUGCGAGGUUCAGGCAGAGCAACGUGGUAACCAGUCACACCCAAAUCUUGUUUGCCCUCUUUGUCGGGGAGAAAUUUAUGGAUACCUGGUUUUGGAACCUGCUCGUAAGUACCUGAACUCUAAACCCAGGAGUUGCUCCUCCGAGACGUGUGAUUUCCAAGGCACAUAUUCAGAACUCAGGAAGCAUGCUAGGUCUGAACAUCCUUCUGUUCGACCAUCGGAGGUAGAUCCCAUACGCCAGCGGGAUUGGACAAGGAUGGAACAGGAAUGGGACUUGGAAGAUUUCCUCAGCUUUUUGACUGGGGAUCUGAGUGGCAUGAUAUCCAUGUUUUUGCAUGAUAUUUUUUCUACUAUGGAGGACUUUAAUCGAACGACUGAAAUGUUCAAUGAUUCAAGACUAGGAGCGCCGGUGCAUGACAGAAGGUCAGGAACGGUGUACACCGAAAGAAAUCGAUCAGCUAGAUGGAGAGCCAAUAUGUCUUCAACUCAAGAAGAGGGGAUAAAUUAUAGAGGCAGAGGGAGAUCUAGCAUAUCAUCAUCGCGUGAUUGGGAGGUAAAUCGUACAGCUAGAUGGAGAACGAGUUUGUUAUCCUCAAGAAUGCCUCGUGAUCUUCACCAGUACUGUAGGGAGGUUAGCCCGGGGGCUGACAUGCCUUCAACCAGGAUGCCUCGUGCCUUAUCAAGAAUCACUCGCAGUCCAUACUGGAGAAACAGUUUUUCAUUUCGAAGAAGAAAUCACAGUGGUCAGCAGCUUCGAUGGCGGGAUCAAAGGUGGUCCAUGCAUAAUGGCCUGUCAUAAGAUCAAAUCUGAAAGAAGUAAUCUGAUAUUCUGUGAUGAGCACCGGUGUAAUCAUUCUUGACAUUUCAUAAUUUUCCUUACACAUAUCUUUGUUUGGAAACACUUAAUAACUUAACUUCUGUGAUGAUGCUUAUAGAUAUGCAAGCAUACUCGUACAGUGUAUGACAUGUAAUAAUGCCAUAAGUCAUGUUCAAAUGUUAAUUGUAAUGCUGCAUCAUGGUAUUAGACGAGAA